CAUGGCCUCAGCUCCUUCUGUGACUAGCCUGGCAGAUGAGGUCAACUGCCCUAUCUGCCAAGGCACCCUAAGGGAGCCAGUUACCAUCGACUGUGGCCACAACUUCUGUCGUGGCUGUCUCACUCGCUACUGUGAAAUCCCAGGCCCGGAAUCGGAGGAGUCCCUCAGCUGCCCGCUCUGCAAAGAGCCUUUCCGACCAGGGAGCUUCCGGCCCAACUGGCAGCUGGCCAACGUGGUGGAGAACAUCGAACGCCUUCAGCUGGCAUCCACGCAAGGUCCGGAGGUGGAGGAUGCCUGUCCGGAACACGGCGAGAAAGUCUACUUCUUCUGCGAGGAGGAUGAGGCACAGUUGUGUGUGGUGUGCCGUGAGGCCGGACAGCACAGGGCUCACACCGUGCGCUUCCUGGAGGAUGCUGCAGGUCCCUACAGGGAACAAAUACAGAAGUGUCUUAUGGGUCUAAGGAAAGAGAGAGAGGAGAUUCAAGAAAUCCAAUCAAGGGAAAACAAAAGAAUACAGGUUCUCCUGACUCAGGUGGCCACCAAGAGACAGCAGGUGAUUUCUCAGUUUGCACAUCUGAGUCGGGUCCUAGAGGAACAACAGAGUGUCCUUUUAGCCCAGCUGGAGAGAUUGGAUGGGGAUAUCCUGAAGCAACAGGAAGAGUUUGAUUCCCUGGCCACAGGGGAGAUCUGCCGGUUCAGCAUCCUGAUUGAGGAGCUGGAGGAGAAGAACAAGCGGCCAGCAAGGGGCCUCCUGACAGAUAUCAGAAGCACUCUAAUAAGAUGUGAAACUAGAAAGUGCCGGAAACCCGAGGCUAUCUCCCCAGAGCUGGGCCAGAGGAUCCGGGACUUCUCCCAACAGGCCAUUCCUCUGCAGCAGGAGAUGAAGACGUUCCUGGAAAAACUCUGCUUUGAGUUGGACUAUGAGCCAGCUCAUAUUGCUCUAGACCCCCAGACUUCCCACCCCAAGCUCCUCCUGUCUGAAGAUCACCGGAGGGCUCGGUUUUCCUACAAAUGGCAGAAUUCACCAGAUACUCCGCAGCGUUUUGACCGAGCCACCUGCGUCCUGGCCCAACGUGGCUUUACGGGAGGGAGACACACUUGGGUGGUGAACGUUGACUUGGUCCACGGAGGCAGCUGCACGGUAGGUGUAGUGAGAGAGGACAUCCGACGGAAAGGAGAGCUGCGACUGAGACCGGAGGAAGGCGUCUGGGCCGUGAGACUGGCUUGGGGAUUUGUCUCAGCGCUGGGUUCCUUCCCCACAAGGCUGGCCCUGGAGGAGCAGCCCCGAAAGGUGCAGGUGUGUCUUGACUACGAGGUAGGCUGGGUGACCUUUGUCAACGCUGUCACCCAGGAACACAUCUAUACCUUCACUGCCUCCUUCACACGGGAGAUCUUUCCCUUGUUCGGACUCUGGGGCAGAGGCUCUAGUUUUUCCCUGAGCUGCCGAGGUGCAGUUUCCCUCCUCUGAGUACAAGACUGAAGUCAAGCAUCCUGGGGAGUUGACCCUUGCCUGGAUGACCAGGCACAAAAAUGACCUUUUUAAAACAAUUGCUAGGGCAUUUGUCAGUAAGGGACAAGGUGGUAGGACCUUUAGUCCCAUCAUUGUUCAAGCUUUCCCCAGCGCCCAUCUGGGUAUCUGCGACCUUGGCUGCUUCUGGCUGUACCCACCAUUGUCGUCAAUGGGCACAGACAUAGACGUACAGACGGUGCUGGGUUGUAAACCUAAAGACCUGGGUUCCAGAAGAAGUCCUGUAUCAACCAACCGCAUGAUUUCAAGCAAAACACUCUACUCCUCAUUUGCUUUCUUCUAAAAAUAUUAGUUAAUUUAUUCAUGUCUUCAAGAAACAUUUUGGAGGAGUGGAUAUGAUCAAAAUAGACUGUACACAUGAAUGGAA